GCUCCAAAAGUGCGGGGCAUUGUCUGUGAUGAUACAACACACGUGAUACCAAUCAAUUUUCAUGGACUUUUUUUUUAUUAAAUAACACAAGAUUUUCUUUUCCGCAUCCACAUUCUUCUGAACCCUGAUCUCAAGAUGUCUGGCUUCAGCUUCUCAUUUGCAGGCGAUGACAUAGAGAUAGACUCAGCCCAAGAUGCUCUUCCAUCCGUCUCCAAACAAGCUGCAGAAACCGGUUCCCUAGCACCGCGGAAAUCCAGCGGGGCAUUUCCGGUAGCAGGACAACCACUUUUACCUCCGACUUAUCACACUUUAGAGGAAUUUCUAAAGACAUUGCCAUCUCAGAUUGCUUAUUCUACGCUGGUUGUUAAGUUGGAUGAUGGUAAGGAGAUUGGCAUUCCAAGGAGGGAGUUAUGGGAUGUUAGAGCGCAGUUGAUGGCGGAGGAUGAGGGAAGUGGAGACGGUCUUCUGGGUUUGGGGAAUGAUGAUGUGAAGACUGGGGUCUAUGAAGGAGGGUUCAAAAGCUGGGAGAGCUCGGUGGAUUUGGUCAAGGUUCUUAGUGGGAGGACUAUUGUUGGGGAGGGGAGGAGGAGAGUUCUAGAGCUUGGUUGUGGAACUGCUCUUCCAUCUCUAGCAGUCUUCCAAUGGUUCCUAGAAAACACAACUUCUUCCACAUCCGGGUUGGAGCUUGGACUUGCAGACUACAAUCCUACAGUCCUACAGCUCGUCACUUUACCCAACAUUCUCCUUUCCUGGGCGCAAACCACAAAGUCCGAGUCUUGGGAGGCAGAAGGCGAACUCGAUAUCGACGAAGCACUCAUCUCUGAAUUCAUCUCCGCGCUGACUUCUCGCAACAUCAAUAUAUCGCUCUUCUCUGGUGCUUGGUCUCAAGACUUUGUCUCUCUGGUCACUGAUAAGCUUCAUCUAUCAUGCGAGAACACAAUCAUCAUUGGAGCAGAAACCAUAUAUUCUCCUGUUGCUUUGAAAGCUUUUGCUGAAACGUUGAUGGCAUUACUUGAUUUAAGCACAGGGCCGAAUAAGACGGCGUUGAUAGGGGCCAAAAAGGUGUAUUUCGGAGUUGGCGGGUCAAUAGAAGAUUUUAUUGAAGAUGUCACAGCGCGUGGGGCUCAAGUUACCCAGGUUAGGGAAGAGUCAGACGGUGUUAGAAGAGCUGUUAUAGAGGUUGAAAAGGCAGGCUGAAAAUCAAAUUCGUAAUCAAACGUUAUAUUCAUCAAGUUCUCUAGCAUUGGUGACAAAUCCUCUACGUGUUGAUAGGAUUGCGUAGUAAUUUUUUGUUAGUAUGCUCAAGUAACUUUGCUACUCGCCUAGAUCAUAUUCUGCUAUGAUGGUGACUUAUAUUAUCACAUUUCUCAAUAGAUACCGGGGUGUUUCA